CUUGGACCCGGGACGGGCGGUACCUUUAUCAGGAGGUGGAGCAGCUGCUCUUUGGAGAACGGGAUGAACCGCUCGCGCCAACGUUCGACUGUCAUUGAGCCUCCUGCGCAUGUGCAGAAAACCGUCCUGGUCCUUCGAGGUUCGGCUUCAGGCCGCACAGCUGAGCCCCGGGGUGGGCCUGGCGCCUCUGGACGGCAGUGCCCAGCAGGCAGCGCCCAGCAUCCCUGCUGUAGCCUCUCAGGGCCUAAGCAGCAGAACAGCAGGCAUGCUCAUCCCAGAAAGCCUCCAGGACCUGGCCAACAGUGAAGCCGUGCAGUUUCUCAAGAGGCCAAAGACGAUCGCGCGGAUCUUUGCAGCGGUCUUCUCCCUCAUCGUCUUCUCCUCCCUGCUGACUGACGGCUACCAGAACAAGACCAACUCUUCGCAGCUCCACUGCGUCCUCAACGGCAACAACGCGGGCUGCAGCUUCGCCGUGGGAGCCGGCCUCCUGGCCUUCCUCAGCUGCCUGGCCUUCCUCGCCCUGGACGCCCAUGAGGGCCGCGUCGCCAGCAGCCGCUUCAAGAGGGCCUUCCAGCUCCUGGACUUCAUCCUGGCCGUCCUCUGGGCAGGCAUUUGGUCCGUGGGAUUCUGCUUCCUGGCCAACCAGUGGCGGCGUUCACCACCCAGACAAUUCCUCCUGGGGAGCAGUAGCGCCAAGGCCGCCGUCACCUUCGCUUUCUUCUCCAUCCUCGUCUGGAUACUCCAGGCCUACCUGGCCCUCCAGGACCUCCGAAAUGAUGCUCCACUCUCCUACAAGCGCUCCCUGGACGAAGGCGGCGUGGUGCUGACCUCCCUGGCGUCCGCCGCCAGCCCUGUCAACACGCCCACCACCGGUCCCCACAGGCUGAGCUACACCGGCUCUGCUCUGUUCCCCCAUCUGACCACUCCGAAGGCCCCCCGCCUCACUAUGAUGCCCGACACCUACACAGCUCAUCCACACCAGUAAAGAGA